AUGAUGUUGGCGGAGCAAGCCCAGAAGUGGUUCCCAACUCACGUGCAAGUUACGGUCCUUCAAGCCAAAGGUCUGAAGCCAAAAGGUAAAAAUGGCAGCAACGAUGCCUACACCAUCAUACAGCUGGGCAAGGAGAAGUACUCCACCUCGGUGGCUGAGAAGACUCUGGAUCCCGUCUGGAAAGAAGAGGCCUCCUUCGAGCUGCCCGGACUGCUCAUGCAGGAGAAUCCAGAAAAAUACAUCCUGUACCUGAUUGUCAUGCACAGGUCGCUGGUGGGGCUGGACAGGUUUUUGGGACAGGUGGCCAUAAGUCUGAAUGAUGUAUUUGAAGACAAGCAAAGGCGGAAAACAGAGUGGUUUCCCCUAGAAUCCAGACAAGGGAAGAGAACUAAAGACAGAGGAGAAAUAAAUGUCAAUAUUCAGUUUAUGAGGAAUAACAUGACAGCAAGUAUGUUUGAUUUGUCAAUGAAGGACAAAACCAAAUCCCCGUUUGCUAAACUAAAAGACAAAAUGAAGGGUCGGAAAAACGAUGGGACGUUUUCAGACACAUCCUCUGCAAUCAUCCCAAGCACUCACAUACCUGAUGCAAAUCUGGAGGUGUCUAGUGGUGAAGUGCAAAUGAAAUCAAAACAAAAAAAACCUUUCCUCUUGGGACCUCAGCGGCUGUCCUCAGCUCACUCCAUGUCAGAUCUAACCGGACCACACGUCUCCUCAGAGAAAAUGAAAUCCAGCACUGGCUACACCCACCUCUUCAGGCGUCAGCUGGAGUCCUUUGGUUCGGUGGAUGAAGGGGGGAGUCUAAAAUCUCCACACAGAAGGACAUUAAGUGUUGAUACUUCCAAAAUGAGCCAACUUGACAGCACAGUUGAUGAAACUGCACUUGAAGCACAAAAUGACCCAUUUAAUGUGAGUGCUUCAUUACCCCAAAAAUUUGCUACACUGCCAAGACAGAAGAAUCCAUUUGAAGAAAGCCCAGCAACGUGGGAUCAAAACAUAAGUCUGUUUUCCAAACCUGGCGAGAUCAGAAAAGAAAUUAAAAAGGAGAAAAAAGAGAAAGUUAGUCUUUUUGAAAGAGUGACUGGGAAAAAAGAUACCAAGAGGUCAGAUAAACUUAGCAAUGGGGGAUCAGAGAGUUCUACUGACUUGAAAUCACCAGGUGCAUUUGGGGAAGCUCAUCAGGAGAGUUUUGAUUAUGAGUCGACUAAUCCGUUCAUGGCAAACUUCAAACCUACGAGCAUGUUGCCAUCUUCAAGUUUUAAUGUGAAUCCUUCUGGCACUGAGGAUCUCAGGAAAAAAACGGAAGGAAAUCCUUUCGAUGCCACGGCAGGAUACCGAAACCUCACUUACGAGGAGGUUCUGCAGGAGCUGGUGAAACACAAAGAGCAGCUCAAGAAGAAGGACACCCACAUUCGUGAGCUCGAGGAUUACAUUGACAAUCUGCUGGUACGAGUGAUGGAGGAAACCCCCAGCAUUCUCAGAGUGCCAUAUGAACCUUCUCGGAAAGCUGGCAAAUUUUCCAAAAGCUGAGACUGUGCUACUUGAGGGUACUUUCUGCUGAAUGCAUUAGUGGAAGGAGGUCACACCUUAAUAUUCUGACUUCUCUUCAUUCCUUUUGUCUGAAGAAAUUCCAGAAAAAUGGAGAGGAGAGACAAUGGCGUGGGUUGCUUUCCUCUGGUUUUUUUUUAAUCCAAACACUAGCAGGGGCUGCCAAAAGUUGUUUUCUGUUAGAUUACCCAGGUAACAUUUUUUUUUCUUUUUGAAAACACAUUAGGUACAGAAUACUUAAAAUAGAGUUAAUAAUACAUAUUAAAUAUGUCCAUGCAGUUUAUAUAAUAGCUUAGUGUUCACCAUGUGGCAAUUUCAGCUGGGAAGCCUGUGCUGUUAUGAAUGUUAUCUUGAAUGAUUAUUGGUAUUAGGCAAAUAUAUUGAUUCUUUUUUUACAGCAUGCCAUCAAGACCACUGUUUUCAAUCCAGUGUAGUACUCUACUAAACCUAAGUGUGGGUUGUUGCAAUGGAAUGUAGUUCUGCACAUAUUAGAGGAAAACAGUGAUGCACAGUCCUUGCAGAGUAAAUGCUGUAUUCUAUACAAUGUGCUUUUUAUAUAACAAUGUAAAAAACCCCAUGCCAUUUCUGUCAUGGCACAUGCUGGAACCAGUCAUUUUACCCUUAAAUGCUGAAUUUUGUGUGAGUGAACUUUGGUAGUGAGUUCAUGGCAUAAGGUUGUUUUGAGGAUCUUUUUGUAUGAAGUUACUGCAUGCCUUUUUAUGUGUUAAAGGUACUUUGAACAGUGUUCACAGAGUCAGAGGUACAACUGGAGAACUCAAGUAUGGAAUAAAGAAAUGAAUACUUUAGUUCGGUCAAAGUCUACUAUGAUGAAAAUGUAGCAGAAAUGAAGAGGCUGACUUAAAUAGACACGAUAAAUCAAUUUAAGGUUGAAUUUUGCAUUAUAUAUGUGUCUUAACAUUUUAAAUCUUAUGACAACAAAGUAUAUGCCUUUAGAAAUAGGUCAUACUGCUUAAACACAUAUAGAGUACUUAGGCUUUUAAUUUAAAAUGUCUGUAUUCCAUGUAAAUAGUUCUAAAAGUCAGUUUGCAUUGAGGCAAAUGAAAGAAGAAUGUAGUAAAUAUCUUCCUGAUCAUUCAAUAAUUGUUUGUAAAAUGAUGUAUGAAAAAGGUGUCUGUUAUUCAAUGAAUUGGAAAAAUAUAUUGAUGAAGGUGUAAUGGGAGAAUAUUAUAGGAUAAUCCUCAAAAUGUUAAGAUUGAUAGAUUUUAAUUUUAAUUUCCUUAAUGAGAGUCUUACUUGGAUUUUCUGUUGCUGUGAGACAGUAAAAUGUUAUUUAAAACAUGUACAGAGAAAAUUUCAGAUUUGGAUUUAAGAUAACUUUCUUUUCCUCUCUUUCUGCACCUGAUCUGUUGAAUUUUUUUACAACACCGUGACAUGGCUGCUGCU